AAUUAAUGAUUUAUUUCUUUGUUCUUCGGCCAAAAAGAGCAGUGACACCAUAAAACAACUGUGUGUGUUGUGUGCCAAGUAGUGAGUGAGAAUAUAGCGAAAAACUUAAAACUCAGUCACUUUUAAUUCACAACAAAGAGUACACGCGUUUUUGCAUACAAAUUGAGGUUAGUUUAGAAAAUUGAACAAAGAGCUUGAAAGAAUGUUAUAGAAAUUCAACAAAAAAGAUAAAUACAUAAAAAGAAGUCAGCAGUAUAAUAACGAAUAAACGAAAAAGUGAUUCAAUUUGAGGAAAAAAAAAUACUACCACCAUAACAACAACAAUAAUAAUAAUCAAGAAUAUAACAAAAUUCUUUCGAAAAUUUGUGCAGAUAAAGUAAACAAAAAAAUCGCAAAAAAAUAGAAAAUGAAUAAAGAUGAUCAAAACAAAAAUUUGAAUAAAUCAACGGCUGGGACAAAUUCGAAAAAUAACAACAACAUUAACAAAGGAACAGUAGACAUUAACCAACAACAACAGCAGCAUACAAAGUCCAACAAUAAAAAUAAGAAAAACAAUAGCAAUAGCAAUAGCAACAACAAUAAUAAUAACAGCAACGGCAAUAGUUUAAAAUUGGCCGCAGCUACCGCAGUAGCUGCCACAAUAGCCACGAUUGCUACUAAUAAUAAUAACAACAACAACAAUAGCCAAAAUUCUCAGCAAACACCUGCCGCUACUCCCGCUAACAACGGCAACAGCAAGAAAUCCUCACGCCAGGGCAAUGCUGCUGCUGCAGCAACAGCAGGUCGUCAAAAUUCCUCCUCAGUUUCCUCUGCCUCCAAUUCCAAUUCCUAUGCAACGGAAUCAAUAACACCAGCGACAUCGUCAAACGAUUUGUUGGACAAUAGUGCUGUUGCAUCUGCUGCCGCUGCCACGAAUUUGGCCAAUGCUGCUAGGGUGAAAAAUACCAACAGCCAUAACGCCAUUUCGAAAAUCAAGUUAAAAGUUAAUAAUAACAGUAAUAAUAAUUCCACUAGCACCUCAUCCGCCGCUUCAACAAGCUCCACCACCUCCGUUGCAGUCAGUAACACUGCCCAUGGCAAUAAGAUGUCAAAAACAUCAAACGCGAAUGUCUCAACCGCUAAUCCCACAACCGCAACCAUCACAAACAACAAUUCCGCCACAUCAUCUGCAUCAUCGUCAGCAGCAGCAACAACAUCAGCAUCAACAACAUCGACAUCUGCAACAUCAAUACCUGCUGGAGAUGUUGAUUUGGGAGCCUUAAAUACAGUUCCAUCACCGGCUAUUACAUCAACAGCCACCGGUACUGUACACACAAUUACCUCAAGUAAAUCAUUAUCUUCACCAUCUGCAGCGUCAAUCUCCAAUACCACAGCCAGUGGCAACAGCAGCAGCAAUUCUUCAAGAUUGAAGAAAUCCUCUUCCGCAGCAGCUGCGGCGGCUGCAGCAGCCUUGGCUUUGCAGCAACAGGCUGCUGCUGCUGCAUCAACCGGUAAAUCUGCGUUAUCGUCUGCCUCAUCAUCGGCCAAAGGGGGGUCGUCGAAAGAUGCCCAUUUGAAAUUCUCUUCCGCGUUACCAUUGCUGGUUGGUUCGGCGGCGGCUGCCGCAGCAGCAGCCAAAGGGGGUGGUUCAUCGAGCGCUGGUGCGCAGGCGGCCGCCGCUGCUGCUGCAGCACUUAAACAAAAACUAAAUUCCCGCUCAAACUCAACAUCCACAUCUUCGAAUUCAUCAUCGGUGGGCAUUGUGAAUGCAAUUUCGAAUGCCCUGCAGAACAUAAUCACAAGCGAUAAUUCGGAUACCGACACCGAAUUGUAUCCCCCGCCAGUUACGGAUCUUUCGGAAUCCGACGAGGAAUCCGUUUCAGAGAUCCUUUUGGCAUGCUUGUGUCUAAGGCCAGAUUUAUUGGAUGAUAUUCCCGAAUCCGAUCCAGAUUCCUGUGGCCAUGAUGCUGAGGAGGAAGAUGAUGGUGAUGACGAGGAUGACGAUGAGGAAGACGAUGAGGAUGAAGAGGACGACGAAGAUGAAAAUGAGGAUGACGACGAUGAUGAUGACGACGAUGAAGAAGAUGAAGAGGAGGAAAUUGAAGAUGAGGAUGAGGAUGAAGAAAUCCAAGAUCCCAACGAAGUUAGUGGUGAUUUCUUACUCGAUGCCAACAAUGAUCGUAGUCGCAAUUUGAAUGCCCUCUAUGAAGCUGCCGCUAACGAAAAAGCCCCAGUUUUACGCCAUGCCACUCAUGCGAUCGAUGAAACGAAACAGGCUCUAACGAAAAUGCGAGGGGCUAGCAGUGAUAAGACGAUGUUCUCUCGUACUUUGAUUGCCGCCUGCAACGAUAACGACGUCAACACUGUGCGCAGUCUCUUGGGCAAGGGUAAUGUCAAUAUUAACGAGUCAACCGAUGAUGGCGAAUCCUUGCUAUCUAUGGCCUGCUCAGCUGGUUACUAUGAAUUGGCACAGGUACUUUUGGCCAUGUCUGCUGCGCAAGUCGAAGACAAGGGCCAGAAAGAUUGUACUCCUUUAAUGGAGGCUGCCUCUGCUGGUCAUUUGGAGAUAGUUAAACUGUUGUUAAGUCACAAUGCGGAUGUAAAUGCCCACUGUGCCACUGGCAAUACCCCGCUUAUGUUUGCUUGCGCCGGUGGUCAUGUUGAAGUGGUAAAAGAGCUACUUAAACAUGGCGCCAAUGUAGAGGAACAAAAUGAAAAUGGUCAUACGCCACUGAUGGAGGCAGCUUCUGCCGGACAUGUGGAAGUGGCAAAGGUUUUAUUGGAACAUGGUGCCGGUAUCAACACCCAUUCGAACGAAUUCAAAGGCGCUUUGACAUUAGCUUGCUACAAAGGCCAUUUAAAUAUGGUACGCUUUUUGCUACAGGCUGGCGCGGAUCAGGAGCAAACCGAUGAAAUGCAUACUGCCUUAAUGGAAGCCUCUAUGGAUGGUCAUGUUGAAGUGGCACGUCUUCUGUUGGAUUCCGGAGCCCAAGUCAAUAUGCCUACCGACUCAUUCGAAUCUCCUCUAACUCUGGCGGCGUGUGGAGGUCACGUUGAAUUGGCCACACUUUUGAUAGAACGUGGCGCCAACAUUGAGGAGGUCAAUGAUGAAGGCUAUACACCGCUUAUGGAAGCCGCACGGGAGGGUCACGAAGAAAUGGUGGCAUUGUUAUUGAGCAAAGGAGCAAACAUCAAUGCCACUACCGAGGAGACUCAAGAGACCGCUUUGACAUUGGCCUGUUGUGGCGGAUUCAGCGAAGUGGCCGAAUAUCUAAUAAAGCAUGGAGCUAACUUAGAAUUGGAGCACAGCUAUUAG